GUGAUUAUUGUCAGUGACUCAUGUGUUUUCCCUUGUCUCUCCUUGUCUGUAGGGAACAUCUUUGUGGUGAGCCUGGCAGUGGCAGACCUUGUGGUGGCCAUCUACCCGUACCCUCUGGUCCUCACCUCCAUAUUCCACAAUGGCUGGAAUCUGGGUUAUGCCCACUGCCAGAUCAGCGAUCAGCGCAGUGGUGUCAGUGUCAUUGGCUCCAUUUUUAAUAUCACUGGAAUCGCCAUCAAUCGAUACUGUUACAUCUGCCACAGCCUCAAGUACGAUAAACUGUACAGUGACAAAAACUCUGUCUGUUAUGUAAUGAUAAUCUGGGCACUGACUGUAGUGGCCAUCGUGCCCAACCUAUUUGUGGGUUCACUUCAGUAUGACCCACGAAUUUACUCCUGCACUUUUGAGCAGUCGGCCAGCUCAGCGUACACUAUCACAGUGGUUUUCUUUCACUUUAUUUUGCCCAUUAUGAUUGUCACCUACUGCUACCUGCGCAUCUGGAUACUGGUUAUACAGGUGAGAAGACGUGUCAAACCGGACAAUCGGCCCAAGCUAACGCCACAUGAUGUUAGAAACUUUGUCACCAUGUUUGUAGUGUUUGUGCUCUUUGCUGUGUGCUGGGCACCGCUCAACUUCAUUGGCCUGGCUGUGGCAAUCAAGCCACACAUAGUGGUUCCCCUCAUCCCCGAGUGGUUAUUUGUGGCCAGCUACUUCAUGGCCUACUUCAACAGCUGCCUUAAUGCCAUUGUAUAUGGUGUACUGAACCAGAAUUUCCGGCGCGAGUACAAGCGCAUUGUUGUUUCAGUGUGCACGGCACGAAUCUUCUUUCAGGACAGUUCUAAUGAUGCAGGGGAGAGGCUCAAGAGUAAACCGUCACCACUGAUGACGAACAAUAACCAGGUCAAGGUGGACUCUGUUUGAGACGGAACUCAGAGGAAUACGGAGCAGACAAACAAAUAAGUUGUGGCUGAGAAACAGAAAAAAGAGUGAGGAAAAUACCAAAUAUAUAACCUCCAACCUGUUCACAAACCGUCAUAUGGUGCUAUCUGACCACUGAACAACAAAACAGGGGCGCAUAUUGUCUGUCUUUUAUGAUGCACUUUUGUGUGACUCUGUAGCACCAUAAAUAUAUGAUGUCUGUUUUGUUUUCUUGUUUACAGUGUGAUAUAAAUGUAUCACGCAUUAUGUAAGUAUUUAUUUUGUAAAAUG